GAAGUGAGAAGUUAUAAUAGAGCACAUUGGAGUAUACGACAUAUGUGUAAAUAUGUCGUAAAAUAUGUUUGGUUUGUGUGUCAAGUGCACAUCAGUGCACAUAAAUUAAAAUAGAAUGGACUUUGAAAGUCCUGACGUUGAGAAGGAAUUUCCUGGAUUGUAUGCCUCUGAAUCGGCGAGGAAAAGUAAUGAAAGCGAUUUUAGUGACGAGGGCAGCCACGACAAGCAUUCCAAAAAGGAGCUUCUGGGUGGAAAACGUAAGGACAAGAAGGACAGAAAGGACAGGGGUUACGCGACUCUAGAGGGUGAGAGUUCACCGGACGAGGAUCAGGAAACAAAAAGUCCUUCAAAAUCAAAAAAGACCAAAGCCUUUAAAUUCCCAACUAAAAAGGAGAAACGUGAAAAAUCACGAGAGAAAGAGGCGAAAGAAAAAGAUGUUGAAAAGGAGAAGGAUAAAAAAAAGAAGGAAAAGGAUGAGAAGGAUGUGGACAAGGAAAAGCGAAAAGACAAGGAUAAAGAUAAAUCCAAACAAAAAUUAAAGGAUCGGAAAAAAGGAAAACAUGAAGGUUUGGAUAUUGGCGAGGAACAACCAAUUUUUGGGGUUAGUCUUCAUCUGGCAGUCGAAAGAAGCUGUUGCCACGACGGAGUCAAAUUACCUUUGGUGGUGCGAGAUUGCAUAGAUUAUGUAGAAGAGCAUGGGAUGAACGUGGAAGGCUUGUACAAAGUCCCUGGGGUGAAGUCAAAAAUUCAGCACUUGAAAAAAUUGUAUAAUAAUCGAGAGCUAGUGAAUAUAUCCGAGUUCGAACCCACGGUAGCUACGAGCUUAUUGAUACUCUUUCUUAGAGAGCUGCCAGAGCCCGUGCUGGAGAAUAGCGAAACGAUAUCGCGCUUCGAGCAAGCAGCGUCGACCAAGGAUGUCGCUCAACGGGAAGCGCAAUUGGCCCAGUUGACACAGCAGUUACCUGAAUGCAACAGGAUUCUUCUGGCAUGGGUCAUAUUGCAUCUGGACAAUGUCACGACACGUGAGAAAACAACAAAAAUGAACGCACAAACGAUUUCAAUGACAUUAAGCCCGGUUCUACAAAUGAGUCACAGAUUGUUAUUGGCUUUAUUAUUCCAUUGCAAAGCUCUGUUUCCAAAUAUACAAUUGACAAAGUAUGUUCCACCGUUAUCGUCUGGUAGUACGAAUCUGCCAGAUUCCGUGGAGGGUAUAGCUGCGGAAUUAUCCAAACAGGAAUCGUUACUGUCCCAAAUUCAUAUGCAAAUGAAUGCCGGUUUUGUAACGAAAUCUCGUGAAGAACAAUUAUGGGAGGUACAACGCAUGAUAACGCAACUAAAGAGAAAAUGUAAGACUGUUCAAAAAUUGGAAGGUGCUACGCAAAAAAGUCUGGAUGAAGAAAUAAAGUCCGAUAAUAUUCCAACGGAAUCUAUUUCGCAGAAGUCAAAAACUGCAGACGAAGAUUCUGGACAGACAAUAUCUGGUGAUGUUCAAUCGUCAACCAAUUCGACAUUGAUAAAAAAAGACAACAAAUUGCAUAGCGCAGAAGAGACGAAAGAGAAGUGUUCUUGCUCAGGUAACAGUGUGAACGUCACGCAAAAUGAACAAAAUGUAAAUGUACAAGAGAAAGACACGGUUGAUUCCGCGGUUGAGGUUGCAGUCACACCGCAAGAACCUGAGAAUAUAAUGCCGAAUGACAGAGCAAAUGAGUCUGAAGAAGAUAUCAUAGACAAAUUGCGAGAAAGGCUGAUCUAUGAGGAAUUGUUGAACAUGCAAGCGUUAUUGAAAUCUCGCAUCAAUCAGGAGAGAAAUGAGAUCAAACGAUUAAUGGAGAUGUUGACGGAGCACAGCACAAAAGAAGAAAAGAAGAAGCCCAAAGAGAGGACACAUUCUCCUAAUGAAGCCGAAAUGACGGCCAUGAUACAGCUAGUCAAAGAAAAUCAAUUACUUGAGAAGAAGAUGACGACGUUGAUACGUAGUAUUAUCGAGGAGAAAGAUGCUUGCGUGGAAUUGCGUGUACAACUAGCGGUGCAUCAACUAAUGGCCAAAACUUGACCGCAGAUCUCCUAGCGAUCACAGAAUCACAACGUCUUUACGCUAUAAAGAUAUGUUCUGACAUUACGUUUUUGCACAUAAUGACCAUAUAUAGUUUAUAACAUGUUACAAUUAUCACAUGUAUCAUUAACUCGUUCGAUUCUUCCGCGAAGUAAUAAAAUAUACAAAAUGCAGCCGAAAUCUUUAUAAUGUAUUUUUAUAAUUCGAAUUCCUCAUUGAACACCUAGCAUAUGUAUAUAAGGAAGGAGAGAGGAGUGACAUCCUUCAAAUAUUCAAUAAGAUAGUUCGAUAAAUUAAAUCCAUACAUCGAGUCUAGAACGCACUUUACACAUUCUGUCCCUUCGUAUAAAAAAUGAGUCACUUCAGAGAAAAUAAAAAAGAAGAAGAAAAAUUAUUCUCACAUUGAGCAGGACAGCAAGAAAUUGGAAUAAGACUGUUAAAACACAAGACUGCUUGAGAUUAAGGCCGAAAAAAAUAGAGACGAAAAAUAAAAUCUUUACAGUAAAUAACGAAGCGCGAUAUUUACUACAUAUCACACUCUGUCAUACAUAUCUUCUAUUUGCGAGUUAUAUUUUGCUUAUAAACUUCAAAUUUGCGCAUCGUGUAUCAAUAUACUCGCUGUAGAUGGAUCAGUAAAACAAAAAAGGUAACUUAGGAUUAAGGGACCAAUUUAUCGUGAUCAAUGUAUAUUUACAAUAUUAUCUGAUAAAGGUACAGCGCUGAAUAUCGACCCGUAUAGGUUUGCGUAUAAUCUUGAUAAAAUGCUGCUUUGUGUAUUUUAUUCGUAGGAAAAAUUUGCACACUCGAUAUAAUUUCUUUCUUCAUUUUUUUUUGUCAUAGGUUCUUUUAUCUGUGCAUUUGUAUAAAAAUCUAUUAAACGUCCCUCACGCGGCAGAACGCACGCGGAAACUGAGAUUGUGCUGAGGACGUUGAGUCAGAUUCUCGCAUUCAUCAGCGAAAGAGGAUCACGCAGCCUCUACAGCCUUGAAGAGUAAGAAACUCUUGCGGGCUCUACAGUCGCAACGUAACACAACACAACGUAACGCAACGCUGGGUAUUCUCUCGGUAUAUCGUAUUGUAUAUUGUCAAAUAAGUCAUUGUAAUUCGGAAAAGCGACUCGAAACGUUUUAUUGAGACUUGAAUUAUUACCAGUUCAAGAUUUUGGAAUCCAACUAUUGCAACGCAAUAUUGUACCGCGUCGUGGAAAAAAAUUGUGUCUUUACAGGUACAUCUUAUAUUCAAUGCGAUAUUUUUUCUUUCUCUUUUUUUUUCUUUCGUUCGCAGAGAACGAGAUCGAGCGACAGAUAAUACAAUAAUGUACUCUUACGGCGUCACUAUCACAGUGUAAUACAACAACUCGCUAAGAAUAAUACGCGGUACCUACGAGCAGUGAGGGUAGUUUCACUACCUAAUCACGAAACUGUAUCAGUGUCAGUUUCGCUUAACGAUCUGCAAUUAUA